AUGAGGUGCUCGCAGUUCCUCGUAGCAGUGGCGCUGUGCUGUCUGGUACAAGUUCAGGGGAAGCCGGUCAUGACUAUACCAGAGUUCUUAGAGCGAAACGACAAAGUGUUGAUGUCGCGCAUGGGCGCAGAUGAUGAAAACGUGUAUAUUGCUAUUGAGCGGGCUGUAAAUAAUCUUCUCCGAUCGGCCAGUGAAGUGAAAACCCCAGAUGAUGAUAAAACCAGACUGCUCAUUUUAAAGACUUCACAAUCCGAAGAGGCAACAACUGACGCCCCAGCCUUUGCUGAUGACGAUGACGCACAGCUAAUGGUGGAGAUUUAUAACGCUACACCUCGGUCCGAAGUUGCCACAACUAAGGCACCAGAAUUUAAUUAUGAUGACUUCAUGCAGAGCUUGCAGAAGGGUGAAGAGUUAGGAACCAAAGUCGCUACAAAUGCGCCCUUUAAAGCCUUAGCUGAUGAAGACGAAAGAAGACCACGGUCCGAAGCUGCCACAACUGAGGCAUCAAAUGUCAAUAAAGAUGACGUCUACACCAGUAAGCUCAUACUGGGCAUCGCUCGAGACAAUGAGUUGGGAGACGAAGUUAGUUCGACGGCGUCUUCUGAUGAUCCUAUUUUCAAACCGCAGUUCGUAAUUGGCCAGGAUAAU